AAUUUAAUUAUGAGACAAUGAAAGUCGAAAGCAUAUUUGAGAUGGUGUCCAGCUGUUUGGAACGAGCAAAACCCUGUUGAAGCUUGUCCCAACAGAAAACAACUAAAAACCCAAAUUCAAAGACCUUGAAUUGAAUAGUCCUCUUUUGAUCAUAAUCAUUAGUAUUCAUCUAUGAUCGAUUUGGAUUCGGUUCAGUCCAUACCCGAGUUAUAAAACACAUCUUCAUCGAAUUGACAAAUCGAAAUCGAUGGGGAAUAUAUUCGUCAAGAAACCCAAGGUGACGGAUGUCGAUCGUGCAAUUCUUGCACUCAAGACCCAGAGACGUAAACUUGCCCAAUAUCAACAAAAGCUUGAUGCUAUUAUUGAAGCAGAAAAGCAAGCUGCACGAGACUUGAUUCGUGAAAAGAAGAAAGAUAGGGCCUUGCUGGCAUUAAAGAAAAAAAAGACACAAGAAGAAUUGUUGAAGCAAGUUGACGCCUGGCUUAUAAAUGUUGAGCAACAAUUAGCAGAUAUUGAACUGGCAAGCAAGCAGAAAUCUGUGUUUGAAAGUUUGAAGGCCGGUAAUGAAGCAAUGAAAGCCAUACAAAGUGAGAUAAACAUUGAGGAUGUUCAGAAACUUAUGGAUGAAACUGCUGAAGCUAAAGCUUAUCAAGAAGAAAUUAAUGCAGUACUUGGGGAGCAAUUAUCAGCAGAAGACGAAGAGGAGAUUUUGGCAGAGUUUGAGAACUUGGAAACCCAGCUUGCAGUUGAAGAUCUUCCUGAAGUUCCUACCACAGUUCCUGAAGAGAUUGAUGAAAAGUUGGACCUUCCUGAUGUCCCAACCAAGGCACCAGAUACCAGUGAUGCUGAAGUACCUAUAAAAAGAAAAGUUAUGGAGGAACCAUUGGCAGCUUGAAGAACAGUGUGACGUAAACACGACAACUGCUUUGCAAACCAAAGUGUAGCAUCUGGUCUUCUUGUCUGCCUGUACCACAUUAUCAACUCUGUUGCCUCAUGCAGUUACUGGAGUUUCGGAUGAUUUUAGUAUUUGCAGUGACAUUUAAUUUGUACAGAUGUGCAUAUAUAUGAUACUCUCUCCAUUUUUAAUUGAGUGUCUGCUUAAGGUUUCUUUACGAAAAAAUUAAAAAACGAUAAAUGACUAAAGGAGUGAAAUAGUUUUACUGGAUUAUCUUUAUUUUC